AUGUCGCUUUCAUUUGAGCAUUCACUUGAAGCUAUUGCAUCCUAUAAACUCUGGGCUGACCCAAUUAACAAUGAUACGUGGUCAUAUAGCUAUCUAGUCGUUAAUUCCACAGGCACUUACGUCGUUUCUGAUGCUUACUAUGAGAACAAUACCUUUGCAAGUACAUGGCUGAAUAUCGUCGGUGAUGAGUGGAAGAAUUUGAGAAGCCUCGGAAAUGACGAGCUUGUUGAUAUUUAUGGUUCAAGGGAAAAUGCUACAAACUAUAUACUGAGUGUAUUCGAUGUGGAGACAUCCACAGAAACAAGCAUCACAUCGGGUGAGCUCUUGGAGCUGUAG